AUAGUGGUGGGCGGUGGAGUACUGUUGAGGCUGAGGCAGAUGGGCGGUGAAGUAGUCUAGCCUCUCCCUUCUCCGAUUCAGCAACACGACGAUAGAACGAGGAGAUGGACCUUUCUGGCGGAGAAUUUCAGCUGUGUCUCAAGCCCUUUCCGAAAAGUCCAGCGACCUCCUCCCGGCGCGGCUCUCUUCUCCGGGGACAGCGACGCAGAUCCCUGAUUUCCCCUCCCAUUCGGGUUGCAGCAGCGAACCAGCAAUUCCGGCAAACCUUCCCUGCUUGGAGAUUUGUUCCGGAUCAGAUGGCAGGGCUGGUAAAAGAAGAGGGAGAGGGAGGGCAAUUCAGACAAAUUAUAUCAUAUUCAACCCCACUAAAAAUGAGGAAAAGUCAAAGUAGGAAGCUUAUUCCCGGACGUAGGGAGUAUUUUUUAAACCAUAUGGGGAUUGACUGCAUUCAAGAUCUUAGCUAAGUAGAGAGAGUGUGUGUGUAACUGUGUAUUCAUGGCGGAAAACAAACCAACCGGCCGUCGUUUCCGUGUUCUGAUGCUUCCAUGGUUAGCUCAUGGCCAUGUCGUCCCCUACCUCGAGCUAGCAAAAGAGCUCCACCACCGCAACUUCGUCGUCCAUUUCUCUUCCACCCCGGCGGUUCUCGCUUCUCUCCAAUCCGCGCCGCCCAACUCAUCUCCCUUCCUCUCCCAAAUCCACACCGUCCCAAUCCACCUCCCCGCCGCCGCCGACCUCCCUCCCUCCCGGCACACCACCAAAGAUCUCCCCCGCCACCAGAUCUUCGCCCUCUGCAAGGCCUUCAGAAUGUCCGCCCCUGCCUUCUCCCUUAUCCUGGAAGAAAUCGAACCCGACCUGGUCGUCUAUGACCUCUUCCAGCCAUGGGCGGCGGAGGCCGCCGCGUCGCGUGGAAUCCCCGCCGUGUGCUUCUGCAUCACCGGGGCAGCCUCCAUUGCCUUCACCCACCACCUGCUCCUCCGCGGAUCGACGGCCGGAUUCCCCUUUCCGGCGGCCUCCAUGAGGCCGAACGAGCUAAGGACACUCAGGGAGAACACGGCAAGCAUUGACCCGGAAGACAGGGUCGCAAUUCUCAAGUCAUUGGAGCUGUCAAACGACGUCGUUUUGAUCAACACCAGCCGCGAAAUCGAGGGGAAGUACAUCGACCACCUCUCCGCCGUCCUCGGCAAAUCCGCCGUUCCCACCGGCUCACUCGUCCGGGUCCCGGGGGGAAGCGGAGCUGCAGAGAAAGCCGAGGAUCACGAAAUCCUCCGGUUUCUCGACGGAAAGCAAAGGCAAUCAACGGUAUACAUCUCAUUCGGGAGCGAAUACUACCUGUCAGCAACCGAGAUUCAUGAAGUGGCUAAGGGAUUGGAGCUCAGCGGCGCCAAUUUCGUAUGGGUUGUUAGGUUUCCGGCGGGGAAGGAGGCGAAAAUCGAGGAUUCGAUGCCGGAGGGGUUUCUGGAGAGAGUAAAGGGGCGAGGGGUAAUAUUGGAAAAGUGGGCACCUCAGAUCCAGAUUCUCGGGCACCAGAGCGUGGGGGGAUUCGUGAUGCAGUGCGGAUGGAACUCCUUUCUGGAGAGCAUUCACUUCGAGAUCCCAUUAAUAGCCAUACCCAUGCACUCCGAGCAGUUCAUCACCGCCAGGAUGGCGGCGGAGCUGGGGAUCGCCACGGAGGUGAUGAGGGACGACGACGGCCGGCUGCACGGAGAAGACAUCGCCAAAGCGGUGAAGAUAGUUCUGGAGGAGAAGGAGGGGGAAGAGAUGAGAGGCAAAGUGAAGGAAUUGAAUGCGGCUAUGGCGAUCAAAGGGAAACAUGGGAUCGAUGACACGGCGGCGCUGCUGUCUGGGCUGUGCUUGACUUCCGGCGGCGGUAAAGCAUGAAGCACAAUAUCUAUCUAUCCUCAUUUGAUUUUAUUAUCACCCAAGGAGUUGCAUGGAAAAAUAGGCUAGUCGUAAAACCUAUCUUCAUCUUCAUUAUUGCACAAUAAAAGAAUUCUUGCCUCACCUCUUUACUUUCGACCAUGGAAGAAGGUUUGCCUACACACACUCUUUAGUCUUUUCAACCCUACUUUCAUGAGAUCUAAUUGGGUUGUUCU